CUGACUUGUCUUGAGCUACUUCCACUCCCACACAGCUAACCAACCAUCACGUUCUAGUUACCCUAAAGAGACUAACUUGACCAUGGCGCCAAAGCAUCUCUCCGCCGUUCUCCUUGCCGCCGGCGCCAUCAUCCUAGCCCUCGCCGUGCCAUUGCUCGCCGGCGACCCCGACAUGCUCCAGGACUUCUGCGUCGCCGACUACGGUUCCCUCAAAGGCCCACUGCGGGUUAACGGGUUCCCCUGCAAGAGGCCGGAGAACGUGACGGCCGACGACUUCUUCUCCAACGUGCUGUCCCUCCCGGGCAACACCGGCAACCCGGUCGGUUCUGCCGUGACGGCGGCGAACGUGGAGAAGGUCCCCGGGCUCAACACCCUGGGCAUGUCCAUGUCCCGUGUCGACUACGCGCCGUGGGGCGUGAACCCGCCGCACACCCACCCGCGCGCCACCGAGAUCAUCUUCGUGCUCGAGGGCUCCCUCGACGUCGCCUUCGUCACCACCGGCGGCAACCUCUACGCCCGCACCGUCUGCAAGGGCGAGCUCUUCGUCUUCCCACGCGGCCUCGUCCACUUCCAGCGGAACAACGGUGGGGCGCCAGCCGUCGCCAUAUCGGCGUUCAACAGCCAGCUUCCGGGCACACAGUCUCUUGCGGUGGCAAUGUUUGGCUCGUCGCCGCCGAUGCCCACUGACGUGCUGGCGAGGGCGCUCCAGAUCGACGGCGGCGUCGUGGAGACCAUCAAGUCCAAGUUCACGCUCAAGUACUAGGCGUGCAUGAUGCAUGCAGUUGGAUGGAUCGGCCCUGUCU